ACUUAUUGAAAAAAAGUUUUCUUUUCACCCAUAAAUUAUAUAUAUAUAUAUAUAUAUAGAAAAAAGUAACAUCCUCAUUUAAGUUCAUUAAAAUUUAAGUUAGAAACAUGAAUUAUUUCAAAGAAAUAGAAAUAAAAAAAGAACCAUUUACGUUCGACAAUAGUUCUGGAGAAGAUAAUCAUCAUAGCGAUAAAGACAACGAAGACGACGAUGACGAUCCUGGGUCUAGAUGUGGGGAAAUUUUUGUUGCAAAUAAUGCCCAGACUUGGACGUUUGUUUGUACUUUUUGUGAUAAAAGUAUGCGGAAAAUAGACGACUUCAUUGAUCAUAUACAAAAUGCUCAUGUUAAUCUUCCUCCACCACUUCCUGUCGAAUUAAUUGAGUCUAGCCAUAUUAAUGAUAAUGAUGAUGAUAACGAUAAUGAUAAUAUUAGUGAAGCUAGUACCGAAACUGAAAGCCAGGACCAUUCCACAAAACAUAAUACUUCUCACUUCAAUUCAUUGGAUAGAUCAAUGACCGAGUACGUAGAUUAUAACGACUUUUUGGAUGUCAAUGUAACUGUUCCAGAAGUUAUCCUAUCAGAAACCAAUGGACGGAUGCAAGCUUCAAAACAAAAGUCUUCAGAAUCAUCACACGUUCGUAUCAAAACAGAACCAGACUCAGACAAAUACGAUCAUCAACAACAACAACAUAAAGAAACAAGACCAAUACCCAUGCAGCUAACAUCUUCACGAGGACCAGCAUUAAUAACUCAACCAGUUGCAAUUCAAUCUCUGGCAAGACCAAGAAAGCAACGAAAGGAACGAAAUUCUCGUUUACGGCGAAAACAAAUUAAAGGACCAGCCUUUUGCCAAAUUUGUGAGCGCACUUUCCAAUAUCAUUCCCUCUAUAGGAAUCACAUGGUGAAGCACACAUCUGAAACGCCUUUCCAGUGUACUGUAUGCAAGAAAGGCUUUAAAUCAAAACAAGCAAUUCGCUACCACAUGAGCACACACCAACGUCAAAAACCCUUCCAAUGUGAACUCUGCCAAUCGGGUUUUUACCAUGAAUGGCAAUUUGUAGCACAUAUGGAGACACACCGCAGCGAGAACCGUCAUCCGUGUGAGGUGUGUGGAAAAGUUAACCGAACCAAGUUCGAUAAGGAUCUGCACAUGCGAACGCAUACUGGCGAUCGACCUUUUGGAUGUGAAUUUUGUAUGAAACGUUUUCGAUUGCGACACCACUUGAGCAAUCACUUAAAGCUUCAUUUGACAUACCGUUGCGAUUACUGUCGCAAACAAUUCAGCAAUGGUGUGCCAAUGAAAAAACCCUACACUUGUCAGGACUGCUCUGGAACUGCAAAUACUCUACCGAUUCUUAAUGAUACGGAAAAAGACGACGAUGAAGAAGCAGAAGAAUCUGACGAAUAUGAGGAUAUAAAAGAUGAGUCACUUCAUCAAACACAAUCGCCCCAGCAUCGGGAAGCAAUAAAUCCCAAUACCUGUAAAGUGUGCAAUAAAACUUUUGUUAACAAAAGAGGUUUAGGCGUGCAUAUUAGCACUAAACAUCAAAAUAUACUAUAUUAGGGAGUAUUUUCAUUACCUACAUUUUAUCACACACACAACAAUUAAAUCAUUUUAUUUUUUAUAGAAAACUAGAUAAGUAAUUUUUAAGUGGAAUCUUUUUUUUUUAUAAGCAUGUCAAUUUAAUUACAAAGUUCGAAAUAAUCUUUUUUUUUAGAAGAUCUGUACAACAUCUACAAAAACCCGUCAUUUAUGUACUCAUGUACUUUUAAGUUAUAGCCCGCAUGUCUCUUGUGCAUAAACUACUAUCUUAUCAGACUCAAUGUUUUAAUUUUAUCAGUUAAAAAAAAUAUAUUUGUAGAAUCAUGACGAAAAAGCAUUUUGAACUUUACGAAAAACGGCGAAAACGAUUAUUAAAUAAAAAUAAAUACUAUUCAAGUUGGAAUAGAUUUUUGAACUUUGUAAUCAAAAAGAUAAUCUUAAAUAAGAAAAUUAGAAAAUGCAUUCCAACAACUAAGACUUUAUUAUUUUGUUCGUAUUUAAAAAAAAAGUUAUAAUCCUAUUUUAAUUUUUUAUAAUUUUAUUUUAUACAAAAUAAUACUUUAUAAGAAAUCAGUAUAACUGCAUCAUCGUGCAAUGGUUCAGUCAAUAUUUGUCUGUUACACAUAAUACAUAAAAUUGUAUAUUUAUUUAUACAUUGUAUACUUUUUAGUUCCUUCAUACAUUUUCCAAAAUACCAAUUCAUAAUUAGAAAUUUCAUACUAUUCCGAAAAGUGUAAAAUAUUUAUAAAUAAAAUAAAACAAAAGAAAA